UAUUUAAACUUUGAAAAGUUCUAUAUAUUUUAUAUUGGAUAAAUGAUGUCUUUUUAUGGAAUUGCCAUAAAAUCGUUAAAAAUAAAUAUUCGAAAAAAAUUAAUUAAAAACUAAUAUAUCGAAUAAAAAUAUUUCCUUUGAGAAGUAUUAAUAGAAUAUGAUGGAAAUUUACCUUUAAAUGUUACUAAACUGUUAAUUCAAAAUGUGCGUAAUGUGCAUACAAGCACAUAAAAUAGCUAAAUUCUGUAAAUACAUAAGAGAUGAGAUUAUCGGUUAUGAAAAAGUACUUAGCAAAAAUUUUUAAUUUAAAUAGGCAUCCGAAUUUAAUUUCUGAAAUGAAAAAUUUUUAUUCCAGAAAAAAACAUUUAUUUUUAGCUAUUUUAUAGCAGUUCUACGAAAAAAGUGUAUGUUCUUAAUAUAAGCUAAUGGAAAGCUUCAAAACCCGACGGCACGGCUAAAUGUCAACCGAUUUCAAAAUAAAAAAUACUGGUCUCCUUAUUUUCGAUAUUAAUUAGUUCGGGAGCGGACAUUAUUAUUUUUUUAUCAUCCUAGUGUGCAUAUGUUAAUUUUUGUACAUAUAUUAGUAUAGAUAGUAUAUGUAUAUAUGUUAGACAAUAACAACAAUAUUUUUUUGUUUGAAAUUCCGUCCAAUUAAAUUCAAUUCAAUUAAAUUAGUCCAACUCCAGUGUCAGAGUGAGAAACGAUGCGAAAGCUAUCUUCACAUGUUCAUUCACAUUCAUAGUAUAUACAUACAUAUGUUCGAGCCCAGAGAUAUUGCACACACACGAAAUACUUCCAUAUUUACGAGUAGGCGUAUAAUGCGUCUAAUUAAAUUAUUUGUGCAGCUAAUUAAGUUAAGAUUACAAAAAAAACAAAAAAAAAAAUGUCUCGCAGAAAUUUCGUCUAAGAUUGGAUAAACGUUUGCAGCCUAUUAAGGAAAAUAAAAUAUUAUUUCCUCUUACGUUUACGUAUUAUUUCCACUUACUGUGUGACAGUAAAGUUUGAAUGAAACUUAAUUGUGAUUCUAGACUGUGUGACGUCUAACGGUUGCGAAAUGGAGGAAAAACAUACAUAUAUACAUAUAUCAAUAAGCGCUUCAUUUCUUCCACAAAAUCACAUUCAACAUUUAGUUAAGUUCGGUGAAUCGGGUUGGGAUUAACCCACAUAUAGAUCGGUUAACAAUAUCUAAUAAUAAUAUUAUGGCGCUUACACUUGUGUUAAGUGUUUGGACGAGCUUCUCCUCCGAUUUGUAGUGGGCCUCCUAAUGUUAUGACACAAAUGGAGGGACCUAUAAUUUAACGCCGCCUUCGGACGGCAAAUGGUUUUAAUGAGAUCAUUUUUCAAGGCAGAAAUACACUGGAGGCUUGCCAUCGCCUGCCGGGAGGCGAAAGCUGUUAGAAAAAAAACCUUAAACCUUAAACCCAGGACCUUCAGAGUGGUAGCACGUACCUCAACGACCUUCGAUCGGCUGAACGGCUGGUAUAUUAUAAAAAGUUUUCCUCCAAAAUCCGCUAUGGUGGGCGCAGACUUUUCCUACCAGAACUGAAAUCAUUGGUUUCACUGACGACAUUGUGCUGGUUGCAGUGGCAAAAUACUUGACGGGUAUUAAGUCAGAAGCAAUAGUGAUGAUCAUGGACAUGAACAAAAUAGGCUUAUAUAUAACGCCUGAAAAUUACGGGAGCGAACUUUAUUAGCAGCCGUAAGAAGACUCCUUCAAUUUGGUAGAUAGUUAUCUAAUCAAAUCUGUACGCAAGCUGAAAUGUCUUGAUUUUAUAAAAGAUGACAAAAUCAGUUUUGGACCGCAUGCGGAAUAUGUAAUACACAAAAAAGGUCAAAGAUACAUGGGACAUUUCUCGAAUGCUGCCUAACAGCGGUGGAUCUUGAAGCGGAAAGCAGUAUUAGCAUUGGUGCUUUUGUACGCAACUUCUGCCUGGGAAAAUCCAUUUAGAUCAAAUAGUAUCGUGGACUAGUAUAUGAGGCACUCAUUGCAGACAUAACUCCUAUCGAUCUGUUAUUUGAAGAAAGAGUUCCAAAAGGGGCAACGUUGCUGAGAAAAGGAAAGUCGACAUGCAGACUGAUGACAAGCAUAGAAAAGUGCUUAAAGAGUAAAGUAAACUUCCACUUAAUGCAGUUUCUAACAGGCCACGUUGCCACCGAAUAUUUCUACACCGUUCCUGCUUUGAUGAGACGGAAGAUGCGGAACACGCAAUGGUUGUUAGCGCAGUAAAUACAGCCACAGAUACACCAGCAGCUAAGACGAGCAGUAGCUACCCGAAUAAGCAGUGCAAGGUGGUAACAGUUGUAGGCGAACGUGACUACCUUAAGCUCGCCGCAGUAUUGGGGAUUGGUACUUUAAUGCUAAAUGGCUUGACUUUCGAUGCUUCCUCGAAAACAAAACCCGUGUGGUAAAGCUAGGGAUCAGAUGGAGACCGAACCUUAUUAGUUGAAGUACACAUAACGUAAAUUAGAUCUCCACACUUAACGUUUUACCCGUUGUGGAUUUCAGCGCUCAUGUCAACAUACAAAACUUACAGCUGAUUAGAACACCGAAAGUCGGAAAAGCGCAAAAAACCAGAGAAAUUUGAUGAUGAGUUUUACUUUUAGGGUGUUUACGCUUCACGCUUUCCAACUUCUCGAAUUGAGAGGUAGCAAUAAUCGUGUUUUGACAAUGCCGGACAUAAACAGGGAAGACGCUCCGUUUUGCAAGACUUUUAACACGAAGUGAGUACCUAUACUUUGCUACAAUAUUUUUUCACAUGAUUUUCAGCUUUCCAGGUGGCUGUCCCGGUCCACUUAAGUAACGUUAGGUAGAAGCAGGUACCUGUUUCCAAUGGGCUCGUUGUGAUAACAAUUGAGAGUCGAUCGCAGUAUUCAUAGACCGGAGUGGUUGUUGUUGCUGUAACAGCAUAUUGGCGCUUACACAUGCGUAGAAUGUGCGGCUGAGCGAAUAGACAGGGGACGGUUGCGUUGAAGGUCUAACGUUGCUGUUCCAGGAGAAUGAGAAGAUAGAGAUAGAAAGAUAUAAGGACUAUAUCAAAGACCGAAUCAAAAACAAUGACACGGAAUGCACCUUGAUGAAGCUUAUGAUAAAGAUAACGAUGAAUAUAAAGAUAAGGUUCAAGAUGACAAUGAAGAUGAAGAUGACGAUGAAGGUGAGGAUGAUACUGGCGAUGAGGACGAAGUUGGAGAUAGAAUUGAAGAUCAAGAUGGCGAUGAAGAUGAGAAUGAAGUUGAAGAGGAAGAUGACUAAGAUGGAGAUCAAAAUGGCUGAAGUUGAAGAUAAAUAUGACGAUGAAGUGGAAGUUGAUGAUGAAAAUGACGACGAUGAAGGUAAAGUUGAAGUUGA